AUGAAUUUAGCAUUGAGGCAAGUUCUAAGUGUACGGACUUUUAGGUUAUGUGAAAGGCUUUCACCAAAAAUUUUCCUAACUCCUGUAACAACAUGUCCUAUUAUACAACACCGAAACUACUGCGAAGAUCGAACGGAGUCCAGAAAACUGCCACAGUUGAUGGAGUUCCCUCCAAUCGUGUGGCCAUCCUUUUUUAAAUACAUAAAGAACUGGAUGUUUGCUAACUUUAUCAUCAGACCUUAUUUUGAUCCGGAAUUUAAUCUUAAUGAGUUUAUUGAAGCAUCCAAGCAUGCAGUUCAGGUUGUUUCAGAAUGCCUACAAAAGAGUGAUUUCAAAACAUUGGAAGGGCUAGUUGAAAAGGAUGCUAUUACUGCACUUAAAAAUGCUGUAUCAAAGCUAUCAGUAUCUCAAAGACAGUUGUUGCCUGUUGAUAAAGAGGAUAUUUUUUAUGCUUUUCCUUAUCAGGUAGGUGUAAUGUUCGAUGACUCAGAUAAGCGUUGGGUAGAGAUAACAAUGUGCUAUCAUGUUUUAAAAGGACUGAAACAAAUGCAAGAAACCGGUGACCUGCCCCCCAUUUCAUUAGGCAUUCAGCCGGAGUACCAAGAGAAGAUAUUUAUACUUAACUACCGAUUUAUAAGGGAGUUUACGAAGGGUGUUGAAGACAGUUGGUGGGUUAAUAUUGUGAACCAUUUCCAGCCGCAAUCUAUUGCCAGAUCAUAUUAG